ACCGGUCCAACCGUCUAAUGCACCGUACUUCGUGACCUCAAAUCUUCCCCAAAGGGCAUUGAACAAAGGGGAAAAGCCCCUAUCCUCCCGAGAUGCUUUGCACAUUCAAAAAGAGGGCACAACUUUGUGCGCGAUUGUAGACCUGCCUUUCGGUUCGGCGUCAAUUCACGUGUCCUGGCCACUGCAGCAGGUCGAAUCCGCAAAAACAUUUCUCUUCUGUGCCCAGCAUAACGACACCGUCCGUACGCCAUGCAUCUCCACGUCUUGUACGCGGCCCUGCUUCUCCUGGUAGCCGUGCAGCUCACACAGGCUGAUGUCCUGCCUGCUGCAGCCUUCGGCCUCUCUGUCGGCUCAAAGUUCCUUCGGCGCUUAGCCGAUAUCAAGGACAAGCUGCGCAUAAGCCUAGAGCGCACAAUCCAGGACUUUCGCAGGCGUCAGCUGGCUCUCUCGUACGGUCAUCAUCCCGCCUUCCAGCAAAACCCCGCAGUUCCGUCGCGCUUCGUGUCUAUGCCAUUUCCUCUUCAACCAUGGUUCCAACACUCUGAACCUUUUGGUAUGAGCUUUCACAAGACAGCUGUGUCACCCUUCGGGUCUGCCAUCGUCAACAUGCACCAGACUUUCGGGCAGCAACCGCCAGUCCAGAGCUUCGGCAGUGUCCCAGCACCCCUGGACUUCCAAGUUAAUGAUACAGAGGCCCAGCCUCCAUCCCCAGUCACUGGCUGGAUCCUGAGAAAGCCAUUCUUCAAGCAAGGUUCAUUCGAGAAGUUCAUGUCCAUGCCACCGUACGGCCCCCAGCUCUUUGCAAAGUGGAAUGUGGUGGCGCUCAAGGGUGUAGGUCAAACACUGUCCAAGCAUAAAGACAGUCUUCAGGCUGCUGUACGGACUACUACUCCCGGGGCUGUUGUUACAGAGAGCGAGGACACUACCGUCACCUCUGUUCCCAUUUCUACUGCAGGUCCUACUAACAACGAAGUGGAUGCAAGAAACCUUGAGUUCAUCAUGACGUCGACUACUCCACAACCGACAACAGAGACUGCACCUACAACUCGUACUGAUGACCUGGAGCAUGUUGAUGACCGGCUCGUGUUGAGCCCCCCACAUUUGUGGAAGGGGAAUGAAGAACCUCAGGUAGCUUACGGCAUGAGUUCCCCGCUGAACGUGUCCCUCGACGACGAAGACACUCCCCUGGUCUUCAACAGUGUAUGGAGGCAGGGGAGGACGGAUACUCAAUAAUAUGGUGCUCAGGACAUGCUCUUAUGAGAACGUUUUUAAAGUUGAUCCUCUUGAGUGUAUUUAAUCUGUGAAUGUUACGUGUGCAAUAAAGUGAUUUUAAUGUGGUUUUAAA